GGAGCUGGGGGAAAGCUCCAGGGGGAUUUCUUGGGACUUUUAGGAGAAUGACCCUCUGGGAGGGUUCUAUUGAUGAAGAUAAUCUAACCCAUAAUGGAUGAGACCUGGCGGAGGAGGAAGAAUGAGGAACUCUACCAAGUAUAUCGUGAACCUGAUGUGGUCAAAAUGAUCAAAAUUGGUAGACUGCGAUGGGCUGGCCACCUUAUUCGAGCAGAUGAGACAUACCCACCAAGGAGACUCAUGCUGUACAGGAUGGAAGGGAGGCGAAGACCAGGAAGGCCGAGACUGCGCUGGAUGGACGGUGUUGACAAGGACGCACAAGUGAUUGGAGCCAGAGGUUGGAAAGCGAGGGCGGAAGACAGAGACGAAUGGAGGCGAAUACUGGAGGAGGCCAAGACCUGUAGCGGGUUGUAGCGCCACUGAUGAUGAUGAUGAAUCUAACCCAUAAAACCUGAGUUUUGUACCAGAAUAACAUGUGAAAUGGUAUCAAAAGCUUUUGACAUAUCAUAAAAGCUAAUCGUGACCAUAAUUUUCCCAUCUAGCCAGCUAAUUCCAUUCCUCAAGAACUCUUAGAUCGCAGUGGUUAAAAUAGCAUCAUCUGCGGUGGUAUGCGUCGAAAGCAAGCUGAAAGGCACUGUGUCUGUCGGCAGUAUGACCGUCAUUCAUCCUAAAGCUUCAAUCAUAGCCGAAGCUGGACCAAUUGUUAUUGGAGAGAAUAAUAUAAUCGAGGAACAAGUUGUCAUUAUGCACAGUUUAAAAGAUGGCGAAGAAUGGGAUGAAUCCAGAGUGCUGAAGAUAGGAUCCAACAAUGUUUUUGAAGUUGGAUGUGCAGUCUUUGCGAAUGCCAUUGGCGACCACAAUGUGAUUGAAGCAAAAAGUUAUGUUGGUGAAGGAAUCGAAAUAGCAAAUGGCUGCAUAAUUGGAGCUGGUUGUCGAUUAACUGUGCCAGAAAAAUUGCAAGACAAUAGUGUAUUUUCGGGGAGUGCCUGCUCGCUAAACAUCGCACCAGACAGACCUCCUGCUCAAACAUUACAGCUGGAAUUUCUCAGCAAAGUUCUACCCAACUACCAUCAUUUGAAGAAAGUUAAAAAACCAGAACAAGCAGUGAACUGAUGUGACGCUUUCCAAUAUGAACUUAUUGUAUAAAUAAAAUAUUAUUAUAAGGAUAGAAAAGUGCUAUUCAGUAUAAUGUGGAACUUUCAUUAUUGUUAUUUAUAUGUUUUAUGUUAUAAAGUCUUCAUUCAAUUUCAUAAAAUCAACGAAUGAAACUCACAAAUGUAUUAUAAUUGAUUACUGUACAGCAUGUUACUACAAUUAUUUCUAUCAUAUUAGUUUUUUAAAAAUUUGGUUGCUCUCUGCUAUUUUAUUGCUAUUGGGAAUUGUUUUCAAUGCUUCAAUAAUCUUGUUUAUUCAUUUGUACUUCCAAUAUGGGUAUACCGGAUAGUUUGUUAUGAUGCAUGAAACAAUAGAUGGGCCUUGAUUACCCCGACACCAGUCCUGAGCCAGCCAGGUCACACGAUAUUAUAAUUGAUUACUCUAACACCUGUAAAUUGUAAAAAACGUAACAAAUAAUUAACUUGAAAUAUUUUAUUCACAGUAUUUAAAGUGAAAUAAUGUAUAUGAAAUACAGUAAAUCUGAAUUGAA